GCUUUCGAGCAGUAAUCAGAGUCAAAUAAAACAUCAAAUCAACGAGGUGUCACUGUAACCGCGAUCCUUUCCACCCGCCCCACUCCUCUCCCACCCAGCUCGGGUGAAGACGCUUAGAAAGCUGCGCAGUGAGUUUUCCUCGGCUCGGCUCCCACAUUCGUUGGGAAAAACUCGCCAAACACGCCAGUUAGUCUCGGUCAGUCAAUCGUCGGAGACGAAGCUCGAUCUUCUCAAGUCGCGUCCGAUCACGGCGUUCCCAGUGUAGUGUGAUCAGGCAGCCCCACAAGAAGCAACAAACACAUGAUGCCGUCGUCCGUCCGUCGAUCGUGUGCCAUCAGCUUGGAAGAACAACGGCAGUGACCAAAAAGCGUAAACAUCGUUACCACCGUCUGCGUCGUCGUCGUCGUCCUCAUCAUCGAGUGCCGAGUGUCCACACGCUCUGUCCCUUUGGCGUUUUUGUACGUGUGGAAAACAUUCUCGCGAAGAGAUCGCGGUUUUCAAAAGUCGCCAAGAUCGUGGAGCGCGCAGAUCUUCUUCUUCCGCCACACAGUCGCGGACCGUUUGUAUGCAUGCUCUCGGUAGCAGAAGAGGAGCACGCGUGACAUUAGAGAGUAGCUCCGCUAGCCGCUAGCUAGUAUAUAGUGUUAGUAGUGGUGGCAGUUCUCCAGGCCACCAGAGACUAAAAAUAGUACAAUACGGCCUGGAUUUUUGGGAGAUGUCAAAGUAGCUCAGCGCGGCACGGCGUUCGGUUGCCCAGCUUUGUACCACCAGGCUUGCAUUGGCACUUUUUUCGGCCGAUCUAUUUAUUGCAGAACGUGGUGAUCGUCGCGACGGACCGUCAACUCUUGUGUUACGUCGCAGUCGCAGUCCAAGAAGAAGCAAUUGUUCCAUUUGAAGGAAGCAAGCCAGAAGGAAGGAUUCUUCGAGUCCUUCAACCUCAAGCAGUCUGACCUGAAAUCAAAUUCGAUCACAGCAGUAAUUCAAGCAGCAUGGACACGCAAUCACACGGCGGUGGAACGACGAACGGGGCCGGCGGUAGCAGUCCUCAGCAGUUUUGCCUGCGAUGGCAUAAUCAUCAGGCGAGUCUACUGAGUUCUCUACCGCUGCUGCUGGACCAGUCCCAUCUGACUGAUGUGACACUGAUAGCGGAGGGACGCAACAUCAAGGCACACCGAGUGGUACUCAGUGCCUGCAGCACAUUCUUCUCCGAGCUAUUCCGCACACUGGAUGGGCCACUGUAUCCGGUGGUUGUCCUACCAGGCGCCUCCUUCCACGCGGUUGUGGCGCUUCUGACCUUCAUGUACUCCGGAGAAGUUAACGUCUUUGAGGAACAAAUCUCAACCCUGCUCUCGCUGGCCGAGACACUGGGCAUCAAAGGAUUGGCGGACUUCAGUGGAAAUUCGCAAAAAUCCAGCACCCCAACGACUGAGGCUUCUUCACGGGAGUCAGAAAUUCCAUCACCCUACCAGGGCAUCAAAAUGGAAUCCCCAGGUGAUUCCUACUUUCCACGACCCUUCAAUUUCCAUUCGCCGCUUUUCCCGCAAGCACUCAAUCUGGCGACACACAACAACAACGCCAACAACAACAGCAGCAACAGUGGCGCAAAUAACACCAAUAACAACAACAACAACACCAGCUCGAGUAAAUCGACGGACCCAUUUUCACGAUUUCUUCCGCAGAAGUGUGAUAUGAUGCCAAACGAAGCGCUAUGGAAGAUGAAUGAGGAAGGUGAAACUAUAAAUAGAGACAACAAAAGUGGCAGCAAUAAUGGUCCCAGCAGAAACAGCAGCAACAGUUUAGAAGAUCGACAAUCUGUCGAUGCUAAUAAUAAGAACAACAAUACCAGUCACAGCAGCGGCCUUAACCAGGGCCAGGGGGAGAGGCCGAGUGUGGCAAAAAACGACUCGGAAUCGACUGCCACCGGUGCAGAUCCUAAAUUUAAUCUCGAUGUUGCCCAACUUCACAAUGCGCAUCACGAUUCCGCACCAUCCACGCCCUCCAGCAAUCCGGACGAACAGCGUUCCCUGAACACUUGUUCUGCCAAGAAAUCCACCAGCCAAGACAGUAAGCGAAAGAAAAUUGACAAAAUUGCCGAGAAUCUUCGAACGCAAACCUCGGCCACGGCAGCCGCUGCCGCCGCCGCCGCUGCAGCCGCGGCCGCUUCCUUCAACAAGCAUUUGCUGCAAUCCUUGAAAUUCCCACCGAGCUCGCAGUCACUCUCGCAGCUACAUUUUUUCAGCAAACCACCCACCGUCACACCGGUGAGCAAUCAACAACCCUCCUUUCUGGCUCACCAUUUUCUAACGAAUGAAUCGGCAUCGAAAACUCCGGAGAACCUAAUCCUUCCCGACCCAGCGCAUCCGUGUUCGGGGGGUGGUGGCGCGGGGACACUUCUAAAUCAUGGUGGUGGCGGUAGUGGCACGUUGUCACCCAUUUCGUCGUCGAUUUGCUCGGGCACGACGGCAGCAACGACAAUCACUCCCUCCAUGGCGAUGGACAUCGUUGGGGCUUCGUCUCUGAGCGCUGCCACUAGCAAUAUGCUGAAAGCCGCAGCCGCCGCCGCUGGCCAUCACAUGAGUCCCAGUGGAACGCCGGUGCAAAAACCACCCACCAAGCUGUACGCCACGUGUUUCAUCUGCAACAAGCAGCUCAGCAAUCAGUACAACUUGCGGGUGCACCUGGAGACGCAUCAGAAUGUUAGGUAUGCAUGCACUGUCUGUUCGCAUGUCUCCCGCAGCAAGGACGCCCUGAGGAAACACGUUUCCUAUCGACACCCAGGAACGCCUAGUCCUUGUGAUCCGGACACCAAGCGGAAGCGAUCCAAGGCAAACCUUGGCCAAAUGAUCAAACAGGAACUGCUCGGUGACCAAAGUCCGAUGAGCCACAUGAUCAAACAGGAGUUCCUCUCCGAUCAAUCGAACCAACUACAGCUCCAACAACAGCAACAACAACACCACACCAGCCAGCUUUUGGCAAACCUGACAUCUCAGGGCAACUCGAUUGUUUCGAUUCCGACCUUCCUGCAGCAGGCCGCCUCCAUGCAGUCCGCGUUCUCCCCCAAAUCCCUGCUGUUCAGUACAGCCUCGAUUCCAACCUCGCUGGCGUCCUCCCUUGCCACACCACCAAUGCCCGAUGUCCUCAACCAGCCAAAGGAUCUUAGUCAUCCAACUCCGCUGCCGGAAGGAGCAAAUGGUUCCCCAUCGCCAACCAUCCCGGAUUGUAACUCCAAAGCUGCUAAUAACGGAUCGACAGAGAAUAUGGAUGAAGGUCAGCCAUCGAUCAUGGAAGACCCCACAGCCCCAGUGACGGGAGGUGCGCCAUGAAUAUCGCCCUAGGCAAAGUUCAUGGAACGAUCUAUAGGGUUUUAGGUAAAUUGUGCACACGUCUCUCAGAAGUGGUUGCUGAAUAAAGCUCAAAAGUGAUCUACUACAGCUGGAACACUCAGUACAUCACAUCACAUGUUAAUCAAUAGAAACAGAAAAAUAGUUCAGUCACAAAAAUAUCUGGCAACACUGCUUUUAAAAAGCAACCACCAUGAGAAUUAUUGCACUAUCAAAAAAAAAAGAUUUUUCAAAAAGAUUUAGGAUAAUGAACCGGUUUCAUGCUCAGAAUCGACAUAAUGCAGAACCACAUUUAUAAAAGACAUUAAUUUAAUUUAAGUAGAUAAGGUAUUUACACACAAAAAUAGCCAAAUCCCUGAUGGUUUUCGUUUUAAAUUUUCCUUCGAUUUUGUAUCUACUUCCCUAGCUGUGAUAGUCGAUGGAAUUGCACAGACUUUUCCGAACAACAACUUCAAAUCAGUUACAGACAUUUUACUCUUAAAAAAUCAUUAUUUCAGCUGUGUACUAUCCAAAUUUGAUUUUGUAAUACAAUCUGCAAUACACCAUCCACUGUUUCCUUUCCUUUCCUGUCUUUAUUAUAAUUUAGCAUAAUAUUGUAAUACCUGUUCUAGACAAACCUGUAAAAGACACUCAGACAAACUGUCCCUAUUUUAUUUCUUCGACUAAGCAAGUUGUGCCUUGGAAUGAAAUUGUAUGAUCUUCGUGCAUCAGUGCCUUCUUCUCCGCGAACACCGUGGAGAAGACAGUUAUUUUACGUAGGAAUAAGUAAAAAAAAACCGCUAGGCUAGGUUAAAUAAACAAUAAAGAAAAAUAAAGUAAAAAGAGAUGUGAAACAUGAAAAAGACAAUACCAAGUAGGAACAUUUGAGUCUACGUUUUCUUUUAGUUGUUUCUUAUGUUUUAAGCGAUUGUUAGGAAACACUUCUUUUCUGUUGGUGACGGUGCCAACCGAACCGAAGAACGGCGCAACAAUUGAUGCAAUACUAGAACAAUGAAAAUGUUACCACCCCAUAAUUGUUUCUAUUAUCUACUUGUUAGUGAAACUAACCUUAAUUGAAUGCAAUAUUUUUUUUAAAACUGUAGUUCAUUUAAUUACGACACAUUUGACUAUAUGUGUAAUAUUAAUCUCAAGCGGUUUACUGUAAGGAAUGUUUUGUUUUCAUAGAAUCAUUGUAACUUGAAUGAAUCACAAAAUAUAGUGUAAUAAUAAACUUUAUCAGAAGAUUUGCCAUUUUCA